CAAGAGCAUAGAUGGUGUAAAGCCUUUAUGAGAAUGUUAAUUGCAGAGUGUACCACCUCAGACAGAGUGAGAAAAAAAAGUAAGAAGCUCCAAGGACAGUGUCUCAGAAUGGUCUCCCCUGAGUCUCCUGCUAAGCUUUACUGCUGCUAUGCAGUGAUCGCGGUCCUCACUGUAGCUGUCAUUGUCCUUUCUGUUGCUCUGUCGUUGUCAGGAAAUAUCUGUGCUUUUUGUCCAAGACACUGGAUUGGAGUUGGAGGUAAAUGUUUUUAUUUUUCUGAAAAAAUGGCAAACUGGACAUCCAGCCAGACCUCCUGCAUGGCACAAGGAGCCCAGCUAGCUCAAUUUGACGACCUAGAGCAGCUGAAUUUUCUGAAGAGAUUCAAGGGGGAUUCUGACUGCUGGAUCGGCCUCCACAGAGAGUCAUCAGGACACCCUUGGAUGUGGACAGACAACACUGACUAUAACAACUUGACUUCCAUCCGAGGGGAAGGAGAAUGUGCCUAUCUGAUUAUCAAGGGGAUCAGCAGUGGCAGGAACUAUACACAUCGGAAUUGGAUUUGUAGCAAGCCCUACAGUUAUGCCAGCAUCUUCACAGCUUGUGCCAAAGCAGUCAUAAGAGGCCUGUAACAUGUUAUGUACAGUUACAGCCUCGUUUCUUAUCAUUUUUAUUAAUAAAAUUUAUUUAAAU